AUGCCUAAACCUCCUCCUUUUGAUGCUCAUUAUGAUGAGCAUAAUGAAUAUAAAAAAUGGAAGAAAGAUGAACUUAAAGCUCGCUCUUAUAUGAUGGCAUCGAUGAGUGACGAGCUCCAGAGAAAGUGUGAAGAGAUGAAAAGUGCUAAUGAAAUUUACCUCGCGUUACAAGAGUUGUACCGUGAAAUUUCAAGGAUAAGACAAUAUGAAUUAAAUUCAAAUUUAUUUGGAAUGAAGUUGAAAGAGGGUGUGUCACCAGAAGAACAUGUCAUGAAAAUGAUUAAUAUUCUGAGGCAAUUACACGCCAUGAAAAUUGAAAUGCCAGACACCCUCAAGGAAAGAAAAGGGAAAAGGCAGAAGAUUGUUAGUAUGGUUUCUUCCAGUAAGACAAAGAAGAAAAAGUCGAUGAAAUCCCAAAAGAAAUUGGGAACAAAACCCAGGGGAAAGGGGUUUAAGAAAAAGGAUUUGCAGAAUAGUUCUGCUCUAGCAAAAGAUCUAGUCAUGUUAAGAAUGUCGAAUGGAGCAAAUGUUGCUGCCAAAGCCAUGGGAACAUGCAUUGGAGAAGUUGAUCAUGGAAAUGAUCCUAAAACUUAUGAAGAAGCGAUAUUAGAUAUUGAUUCUUAA